CUCGGGACCCGGCGCUUGUCUCCCUCAGUCCGGCUCAGCUCGGAGUGGGCGCCGCGGGUCUGGCGGUGCGGUAGCGGCCCCAGCGUCUGUCUCACCGGGCGGGCGGGCGCGGUACAGCCGCGGGAAGGUGUCGGAGGGCGGUUCCGCCGAGCGGCGGGCGAGCCGCUCACAUGGCGGCCAUCAGGGCGCUGCAGCAGUGGUGCCGGCAGCAGUGCGAGGGCUACCGCGACGUGAACAUCUGCAACAUGACCACGUCGUUCCGCGACGGCCUGGCCUUCUGCGCCAUCCUGCACCGCCACCGGCCCGACCUCAUAAACUUCAGUGCUCUCAAGAAGGAAAACAUUUAUGAAAACAAUAAACUGGCCUUCCGCGUGGCCGAGGAGCACCUGGGCAUCCCGGCCUUGCUGGACGCCGAGGACAUGGUGGCCCUGAAGGUGCCUGACCGGCUGAGUAUCCUGACCUACGUGUCCCAGUAUUACAACUACUUCCACGGCCGCUCCCCCAUUGGGGGCAUGGCAGGCGUGAAGAGGGCCUCGGAGGACUCUGAGGAGGAGCCGUCUGAGAAGAAGGCUCCAGUCCAGCCAGCCACGCUGCCGUCGCCUACCCCCACCCGGAAGCCUCCACUAUCUCCAGCCCAGACAAACCCUGUGGUCCAGAGGAGGAAUGGGGGUGCAGAGGGUCCACCCCCCAAGACUGGCCAGGUGUCAUCGGGCAGCUCGGUCAGCAGCAUCUGCGGGAUCUGCGGUAAGCACGUGCACCUGGUACAGCGGCACCUGGCCGAUGGGAGACUCUACCACCGCAGCUGCUUCAGGUGCAAGCAGUGCUCCUGCACGCUGCACUCGGGGGCCUACAGGGCCACCGGAGAGCCGGGCGCCUUCGUCUGCACCAGUCACCUCCCUGCGACUACCUCUGCAAGCCCCAAGUUGCCUGGUCUGGUCCCCCAACGGCCAGGGGCCAUGGCUGUGAAUUCCAGGACCCCCUGUUCCCCGCAGAAGGCCCAGGAGGCGAACAAGCCCAAGGCCAGACCGUCGGCCUGGGAGCCUGCUGCGGGCAACUCGCCUGCCAGGGCUUCCGUUCCGACCACACCCAACCCUCCAGCCACCAGCGCCGCAUCCGUCCGUGUGAGGAGCCCAGCCAGGCCCUCUGAGAGCUGCGCGGCCCCCACUCCCCUGGAGGGGAAAGUCCGCCCUCGUGUGACCAACAGCUCCCCGAUGGGCUGGUCGUCAGCUGCCCAGCGCACAGCAGCGGCCGCCUCCCAUCCCCCUGUGCCCCCGAGUGCCCCAGACCCUCGCCCGGCCACAUCCCAGGGCGGGGGAGCUCCCCGAGUGGCAGCUCCUCAAACCACGGUCAGUUCAAGCUCCACGUCUGCAGCCACCGUGGAUCCCCCAGCCUGGACCCCAUCUACCUCCAGGACCCAGCAGGCCCGGAAUAAGUUUUUCCAAACAUCAGCGGUGCCCCCCGGCACCAGCCCUGCUGGCAGGGGUCCUGCGUCGUCACUUGCUCCUUCCAGGGACAGCAGCAAGGAGCAGGCACGGAACUUCCUCAGGCAGGCCCUCUCGGCGCUGGAAGAGGCUGGCGCUCCGACGCCUGGCAGGCCCUCCCCAGCCACUGCCCCUGUUCCCAGUUCUCAGCCCAAAACUGAAACACCACAAGCAAGUCCCUUAGCCAAGCCAUUACAGCCCACGUCUCCCCAGGCUUUUGGCAUCCCUUCAAGGACGGACCCGCCAGCCCCCCUGAGCACGAGCAGCACCUCUCAGGCAUCCGUGUCGCCCCCGGCAGGCAGGAGGAGCUUGGCCAAACCCUCGGGGGUCGGCAGGGUGGGUGCUGGCUCCAGGCCGAAGCCAGAGGCGCCGACGGCAAAGGGUAAAAGCACCACCUUAACGCAGGACGGGAGCGCCAGCCCCCAGGAAGGCCAGGAGGAUGGGCCAGCAGGAUGGAGAGCGAAUCUGAAGCCCGUGGACAGGAGAAGCCCAGCUGAGAGGACUCUGAAGCCCAAGGAACCACGGGCCCUGGCAGAGCUGAGGGCGGGGGAGACCCCCGGGAAGGUCUCAGGCAGCUUUGCGGGGAGUGUCCACAUCACCCUGACCCCCGUGAGACCUGAGAGGACGCCGCGCCCAGCCAGCCCAGGACCCAGCCUCCCAGCCAGGUCCCCCUCCCCACCCCGCCGCAGGAGACUGGCCAUCCCUGCCAGCCUUGACGUUUCUGACAACUGGCUUCGUCCGGAGCCCCCUGAACAGGAAGCCCGAGCGCAGAGCUGGAAGGAGGAGGAGAAGAAACCUCACCUUCAGGGCAAACCAGGGAGACCCUUGUCCCCGGCCAAUGUCCCUGCUCCACCUGGCGAGACGGUGACCUCCCCAGUCAGGCUGCACCCCGACUACCUCUCCCCGGAGGAGAUACAGAGGCAGCUGCAGGACAUCGAGAGGCGGCUGGAUGCCCUGGAGCUCCGCGGUGUGGAGCUGGAGAAGCGGCUGCGGGCAGCCGAGGGAGAUGAUGCUGAGGACGGCCUCAUGGUGGACUGGUUCUGGCUUAUUCACGAGAAGCAGCUUCUGCUGAGACAGGAGUCAGAGCUGAUGUACAAGUCCAAGGACCAGCGUCUGGAGGAGCAGCAGCUGGACAUCGAGGGCGAACUGCGCCGGCUCAUGGCCAAGCCUGAGGCUCUGAAGUCCCCACAGGAGCGGCAGCAGGAGCAGGAGCUGCUGGAGCGGUACGUGAGCACCGUGAAUGACCGCAGUGAUAUCGUGGACUCACUGGAUGAGGACCGGCUCCGGGAACAAGAGGAGGAUCAGAUGCUGCGGGACAUGAUUGAGAAGCUGGGCCUCCAGAGGAAGAAGUCCAAGUUCCGCUUAUCCAAGAUCUGGUCACCAAAAAGCAAAAGCAAAAGCAGCACCUCCCAGUAGCGGCCAGUGGGGCCGUGGGCUCGGCCCGGACCCGGCAUUCGGACUUGGACUCAGGAAGGGCCUCCUGUCCCUACAAGGGGCAUGUGGACAGCAGGGACCUGCGCUACCGUCUGUGGCCUCAAUAAAGAAACGGACCACACGG